AUGUCGGCCGCAGCGGCGACGGGAAGUUCGUUCCAGUCCGUCGGAACCUGGAAGCGCUAUAAACUCGGCCAGGCCCGGUUCACCGACUGGUUGAAGCAAACCGCCAACAAAUUCACACCUACCCCCGUACCUGACUCGCCUCCUCUUCAACCAGCGAGCAAUGGCACUUCGAGCGGCAAGAUGGGGCCAUCGCUCGACUCGGCCUCCGGCAAGGUGCACUGGAGCGAGCUCGAAGAUUUGGCACAGCUCAUCGUCAGCAACAGCAAGCCCGAAGAGAUCCCGUGGGACCCCAUCCUGGUCCUGCGCGACGUCGUGGCCCUGAGGAAGAAGAGCGCCCGGUUCUACUCGAAAACGGCGCAGCAAGACAAAACUGGAAAGCUGCGAGUGAGCAACCAGCAGCAUGAGCACAUCAUCAAGGUGCUGGAGAAGGUGUUGGGCCUGCUCGAAACUGCCGUAUCUCCGAUGCGACCAAAGCAGAAGAAGGAGGAGCCCCCUAGACCUCGCGAGCGCCUGGAUAUGGGUCUUCUCGACAACAUGUUCAACCUUCUUCAAUUUCAAAAGCCUGCAAAACCACCAAAGGAAGCCCAAGCCGUUGCCGCCGUGGUGGAGCUGGAGCCGGAAGCCGAACAAUCCGAGUCGGACUCCGAGUCAGAAACGGAGAUUGCCGCAACUUCAAAGACGGUGUCACGGAAGAAGACCAAGCAAACGCCAAAGAAAAAGGGCAAAGGUGGAAAGAAGGGCGGCAAGAAAGCCCCGAAGUCCAAGGCCGUGGUCAAAAAAGCCAAGCCUGCGGGCGACGGCGCCUGGGUCGAUGGCUUCACUCUGGACGAGCAGUAUGAUGACGAGGAGGAGUUCGACUACUAUAUGCUCAUCUACUGCUUCUUCGAGGAUUUCAACACGAUCCGAAACCACGUCUGCGAGCGUUGGUGCGACUACUACUACGACAAGUCCGUCUCUCUCAACACUCUCGCCGUCAUCACCAACGCGGCCUCCGAGCUUUUCCGCGACAUGGAGUUUGAGCUACUCCGUCUUCUCCGCCUGAACGGACACGCCGACCUCGGCACAUACGAGGCCAUGAUGGAGUUACUCUUCUUCGAAUACGGGAUGGAGCCCGUCGACUACAAUGACGAGCCCGAGUCGAAGGAGGAGAUGAACGAGAAAAUCUGGCGCGAGGAGGCCGAUUGGCUUGGCUGGUCUGCAUAUGUCGCCAUGGAAGACAUCUUCGAACAUUGCCCUCGGGGCAAGGUUCCGCUUAUCCCGCCUUCUGCUCGAAGGCUUCCCAAGUAUGGCCCCAUCACAGCAGCCGACUUCGCAUCCUUCCACAAAGCCUGCAUUAUGCAGCUUUUCCCGGAGGUCGCCGAGGUGAGGGCUUUGAAGAAGAAUCGCCAAGAGCCUCCCGUCAUUCCGGGUCAGCCCGACCUCGAGCUUGACUUUGAACAAGUGCUUGGCUUGCGUUAUUAUCCAUCAAGUUUUAUCUUUUCCCUGCAGCUUUACCUCGAUAUUCGCAAUAUCCUGGACGAGCAGGUGGAAGACGCCUGCGAACAACUCCAUGCCAACGCAGAAGAUAUCCUUCAUUGUACGGACGUGGCCGAGAGGUCGUGUGAGGAAGUCUAUCAAUCGGAUUGGAGAAAGUUUGCGGAGCGGGAUGCGAUGAUCCUGAGCAGCUACGCAAUGCUGGACUUUACUAUCGAGGACAAAGAGGCGCGAGCGAGACAAAUGGGCAUGAUGGAAGACCUUCCUGAGUAUGCACUGUUCGACACCGAGCCUGUUUGGCCUGCUUUACUCGACUUCCGGUCCAAGCUGGCAAGUACGGUGCUCAGUAUUCGUCUUUUGACGCGAACGCCGGCGCCGCUAUGGAGCGGAGUGCUCUACACCAUCGCCAAACGGGACUAUGCAGACAUUCCCGCAUGGCCUGAGAUGGACAGGUUCUUGAGCGUCCACGGAACCGAACUCCUCGGCUUCCCCAUUACAGAGGACCUCAAAGUCGCCGAAAUCUUGACCAAUUAUGCAACCACGAUGUCCGAUGGAAAACGUUACCAUAUCUGGAUGGGUCUUCUGGACAAGGUUGGUCGCAUCACGAACUUCCACGACCGCUACGCAGACAGUCCUAUGCAUCGUGCAGACAUGGAGUAUAUCGGCAAUGUCAUUCGCGACCACUUUGGUCUACCGCAUAAUUCCAAACAGAGCCCAUUCGGUUUGCCGCAGCAAAAGAAGGAGACCACCGGAAAGGAGAAGACGGAAGAACUCGUCCAGCGACUCCAGCGAGUUGGCAACAUGCGUCAUGUCGAGAUUCUGGAGAUCCUCGACCAAACCGUCGAAACAAUGGUCCAUAACGAAUUGUCGAUAAACUACUACAAGCUGGACUGGGAAGUCCAAACAUUCGCUCGGAAGUUGCAGAACAUCAUGUUGGAAAAGGGCCUCCUGCGCAAGCCCGAAGGCGGUUUGGAAACUUACCCAGGCCACUGCAGCCGAGAUGAUGGCGAUAAGGUGCUGGGUGAGUGCAUUAAGGCCGUCAUUCUGGAGGUAGCCGACCAACCUUUCAUUCCUCCGAUUCUACCAAAGUCGAGCCACGAACAUGGUGACCAUGGAUGCGGCUGUGGCAAUGAAGCAUGCGACGAGGAUGUCGGCUUCGACGGCGAGAUUGACAUUGACGACCUCCCAAGUUGGUUCGAACAUCCUGCACUCAGUCGACGAUGA